AUGCUGGACCCCCUGGGCGCCCCGCCCACCUGGCUACGGGAUUUCAUCGAACCCUACGCCCUAGCUUGGAACAGUCCAACUCUCACCGAGCAUAUCCACGAAGUGAUCGGUGCCUUCUUGUUCUAUCAGUUCAUUCACUCGGUGGUCUCGCCAUGGCUGUCGCCGAUCCUCUUUCCCCGCUCAUACCCGGCGCUUAAUGCCCGCACCAAGUUGAACUGGGAUAUUCAUGUCGUCUCGUUCAUUCAGAGUGUUCUUAUCAAUGCCAUCGCUUUGUGGGUUAUGUUCGUCGACGACGAGCGCCGGUCUAUGUCGGCUGGCGAGCGUGUCUUCGGAUACACCGGCGGCUGUGGCUUGAUUCAGGCCCUGGCCGUGGGAUACUUCAUUUAUGAUCUGAUUGUGAGCGCCCAGCAUCUCUCGAUGUUUGGUAUUGGUAUGCUCUUCCAUGCUGUCAGUGCACUCUGGGUGUUUAGCCUUGGAUUUAGACCCUUUGUCAACUACUACGCCCCUGUCUUCAUUCUCUAUGAGCUAUCCAGCCCAUUCCUCAACAUUCACUGGUUCCUCGACAAGGUCAACAUGACUGGUAGCCGCGCCCAGUGGUACAACGGCAUGAUGCUGCUUUCCGUCUUCUUCUGCUGCCGCCUAGUCUGGGGAACCUGGCAAUCUAUCAUUGUCUACAAGGACAUGUGGUAUGCGCUCCAGCAGACCUGGUCUGCAUCUUCGUCCUCGCCGCUCCAAGCGCCCGUUGAUAUCAACGCCAAUGUCUUCAAGCUACGGGAUGGUGGCAUGUGUGUCGAUGAGACGUGUGCUCGUGCCAAUGCCGAAAUCGCCCGUUUCAAGGACUUCACGGCCGGUGGCGUGCCUACCUGGUUGGUCCUAACAUACGUUGCGUCCAACCUGAUCCUCAACUUCCUGAACUAUUUCUGGUUCUCGAAGAUGGUGGAGACCGUUCUCAAGCGCUUCCGCGCCCCUGCUGGUGCUGAGGAGAAGAAGAAGAAGGCCGAGGAGAAGCCUGCGAACAUCGAGGAAAUCGCGCGCGAUGUCGUCCUCGACGCUGCCGCGAAGCUGGAAGAGGAAGAGGGUGCGGUCCUGCGGGGUGAACUGCCUCUGACAGCUGAGCAAAUCUCGUCAGCCAUUGAUGCUCAUCUCCCCGAGGAGUUGCGCCGGCGCCGGGCAGAGCUGCUUGCUAAAGUACCUCUUCAAGGGUCAUGA